GAAAAAAGACUGAUUUAGACUCCUAAAACCUUGAUUCAGCUUGAAAAGAAUGGCAAGUGAGCCUCACGAGUGGCCUCAAGGUUAUGGAUAUCAACAACCACAGCAACCUGUCAUUCAACAACAACCAGUUUAGAUGUUAAGACAGAACGACUUGACAACACCCGCCAAAAUUUGCAAGUGUUCUGAGGAAAGCUUCACCGCAGCUUGCCCGCCGCAACCUCAGCUCAACUCCAGCUGUAAGCUUGUUACACAGCUACAGGAACUUUUCCUUGACAGAUUCGCUGAUGAUAAUCAUUUAUUUCGAUGCAUUUGUAGAAUUAAAAAGUUGUUUUAUCCAUCAUUACGUCGCCAAUGCGUAAUUCACGAGAAAAAAAUUGAUUUUGCAAUUUUUGAGCGUAGGGGUCCCCGGACAAGUGAGUUGGAUGCCUGCACCUCAAGUGCCAAUGGGCUGCCCUCAAGGACUGGAAUAUUUAUCGGCCGUCGAUCAAAUACUGAUUCAUCAACAGGUCGACCUUGUCGAAGUUUUGACUGGAUGUGAAAGAACUAAUAAGUACAGGAUUUGCAAUACCAUGAGUCAACAAAUAUACUUUGCUCUUGAAGACACAGACUGCUGUACUCGACAGUGCUGUGGUCCAGGUCGUCCAUUUGAGAUGAGAAUUGUUGAUAACAUGCAAAGAGAAGUGAUGCACCUCUCCCGCCCUGUGCGGUGCCAGUGCUGUUGGUGGCCCUGUUGUCUUCAAGAGAUUGAAAUACAAGCCCCCCCUGGAACAGUCAUAGGCUAUGUGCAGCAAAAGCCGUCUCCAUGGAAAAUAAAGCUAGAAAUUCAAGAUUCUCAGCAUCAGCACAUCAUGACAAUCAAUGGACCAUGCUGUCCUUGUGGCUGUUCAGACAUUGAGUUCCCUGUUUUUUCAGCUGACGGAAGCAGUGAAAUUGGAAUGAUAACCAAACAGUGGACCGGAUGUACCCGAGAGACAUUCACUGAUGCAGCAAACUUUGGCAUCCAAUUCCCUUUAGAUUUGGAGAUCAAGUUCAAAGCCAUUUUACUGGGAGCAGUCUUCCUUGUUGAUUUCAUGUUCUUUGAACGUGGCAGCUAAAUAUGAACAGAGGAUUGUUUAUUCAACAUUUCAAGGAUGGAAGGAACAGGAUUUGCCUCAAAAUCUUUACAAAUAUUGAAUUAUUUCAGAGCUCUUUGUUUUCUAUUUAAAUGACAAAAAAUGGAUGAAUAUUUGGUUUUCUUGAAGUUUCUCUGGCAUGGUGAUGCACUUGAACAGAAUGUAUUUUCAAGGUUCUUUUGAUCCAUUAUGCUUGUAACAAAUAAUUUUAAGAGUGGCCACUGAAAACUAUUUACUGCUUUGAUUUUAGCAACAAUAUUGAUAAACCACUUUGUACAAACAGGAAAACACUUUGUUUUAACAAAAAUGUCAUUUUUUUCACCACCAAAGUCAACUUUCAUAUUAUAUGAUUUGGGAUGUAUUUAAAAGCAAAGAUUUUUGUGCUGGCCUUUGAGGGUCAAGAAUUUUUUUCAUUUAUUUCAAGAGAGAAUCAAACUCCUCUUAAUCAAUGUUGUACACAUAAUGUGCUUAUCCAAAUUUACCUUAGUUAAUAUCAUCUUGUUGGUGGCAAAAUGGACCCUGCUUGGUCCAAUGACUUCCAUAUAUACAUUUAUAUUACUUCAAGUAAAAUCGCAGUUUUUAUUUUUGAUUUUCCCCAUCAUUAUUUCACCAAUACCUUUUCAAGAAAGAGUAGUCACUGUGUCAAUAUUUAUUGUGAGACCUUCAGUGGGCACAAAUAAUUACAUAUUUGUUAUAUUUGAAGUAUAAAAUGUUGUUAUAUAUUUAUUAA